CCACGUACAUGUUUAGGGAACGAAGGAUUCGAGCUGAGAAAUAAACCUGUAAAAGCGCAAUUCUGAGAUCGAUACACGAACACGGUAAACAUUUUGAAUCGUUGUUGACCAAGAUGAAGUUGGUUUUGGUAGUUAGUCUCGUCAUGGUGGGCCAGUACAGCCUGAUUGGCACCAUCGCACACGCCGUUGAAGACUCGGAGUCAGCUCUGGACAUAGCUCUCCGUCCGUUGUACAGUCAAAUCGACACCUUUCGGUACCAACUGGAUGCUGUCAAAGCGCUUGUCCGUGUCCCUUGCAAGAAAGAAUGGCAGUUGGUUUUUAAAGGUGUGGCAGGGACCGGAGUUGGGUUGUACAGCUUGUGGACUGCAGCAUCUUGGGACGAAAACACGAUGGGUGUUGGUGGGAAUUGGCGGGAUGAAUCGCUGCGUGAUGGAUGGCAAAGUGGAGAACUGAACGUUAGGCGAGUAAAACUGUCCCUGCGUGAUUUCGAGGGGCGCAGAGCUGACCUGAUAUUCAACGGUACCGGGACGGAUAUCCAUAACUGGUUCUCCCAAGAGCGCCUCAUCUCAAGCCCCUGGGAAGACGUGGAAUUAUCUACACCAAACUUCUUCGGCAUUGAAGGGUACACACUGGAAGAUCGACGAUUCUACAUGAGUAACAACCACGGUGGAUGUGGCAACGACCAAGGCUGGUUGUGCGUGACCGAGUCCCAAGUCAGGUACGACUGCGGAUGGGAGCGACCGUCCACAGAGCACCCCUACCCGGUUAUUGUGUACAGCAGGUUGGCGACUAAAGUACUGUGGAAUAACGUGGUCAAUGCAGCUGACGUUACAGUUGGACGCGCAGACUUUCUCACCAUCCACGUCGAUGCCGAGUAGAGAUAGCCAAGGCUAACUCAAACAAAACAAAAAACAAAGAUUCUCUGUAAUUCAUUGAAAUUGACGGAAACAAGUAGUUUCAGAAAGAACGCUUUUUUUUUUUUGCUCAGCGUAGUUUGCGAGUUAUAAUUGCUGUGUUUUAUUAAAAGAAUUGUACAAGUUUUUUAUAUGCUUUGAAAGGUAAUAGACAUCAUUUACACUUUCGGUAAAAAUGGUCUGAUUUGGUGCUAGAAGUCAGAGCUGUAUAGCCGCUAUUGUUCCACUGACCUGUUGAAUGUAUUUUGUCCAUCGGUGGCAGAAAAUGGAGGGUGGGGGAGGGGAAAAGCCCCUUCGUUUUCAACUGUCAAAAUGCAACUCACAGAAAUUAUUUUGCAUAAAACCCAUAGGUCACAGGCAGGCCGUGCCUUGCUGCCGGCGGUGUCAAGGGAAAAAUACAUGUACAAUAUGUAGCUGCUUUUAACCAAGCGUAUACUACGCACGAGAUCAGCAAGCUGACUUGCUACCGUUGGCAGAUGUUAGGGGGAAAAUUCUGACAUUGUGAGUGAACUAUGAACUAUGAUUUUCGCAGGAUAAUUUUGUCAUGCUGUAAUUUACUUUAGUCAAUUCUUUAGUAAUUUGGCAAUAUGGACGUUUGCAAAAUGAUGUCCCCUGCCUUUUAUAUUCCUCCUGUUUAGUUUAAUAAUUUAAUAAAAAAGCAAUAGCCUUUAUUGCGAAAUCGGUGAACCGCACGCGAUGGAAAUAUUUACAGAAAAUAGUGCAAGAAAUAUAUGCUUCACAAUUAUUAAGAAAAGUAGAGAUAGCAUUUCAUUUUUUUUCCGAAUUUUACCACAACCCUGAGAGGGACCUUCUAUUGGGACACCCUGUAUAUAUCAAUCAUGGAAUAACCGACUAGAAGGAACAUCGGUGCUUGACAUUGCUGUAAAAGAAUUUACAAAAGAAGAGAAUUUGUUUCCAAAACGCGAUAAUCGCUACCUUUUUCAGUCCCAUCUUCUCCUGGUUGCACAGAGUUUCGACGGCUGUUAUAAUA